AUGCAACUCCCUUCAAGAAAGGAGUCCGGAACCCCCAACAAUGCGGCGUCACCAGGCAGCCUAAAGUCAGCGAGAACCACACGCGCUUCGAGUCCCUCGAUGGCCGAGUGUUCGCCUCGAGUGCUUGUCGACUGCGGUGUCGCUCCGACUGAGCAAGGGGCCCAUGGUGAGCAUAAAAGCUUGGAAGUCUCCACUGACAACUCAGCUCGCAAGGAACCCCGGCGCGUGCUCUGGGGUUCAAUUCUCAUCCUGAGUUUACUGCUUCUCGGGUUCUGGGACCAGCUGUUUCCGCCUUCCCAGAUGAAAGAUGUCGUGCGCUCUGUCCACGAAGGCGCCGGGAAACCUGGCGAUGUUGCUGGUUCUGCAGAGCUUCCUGCAGAAAGGUGUGUCGAGGGAGAGUGGAAGAGGGACAAGGGGGGAGAGUCUGCACCAGGUGACGACCCCGCGUGCCAAAAAGGCGCCACACAAGCGACGCCUCGUCCAUCUGAGGAACACGCGGGAGCGGCGAAACCAACCCCUGCAACUCCUUCCGUGUUUUCUUCACUCCUUGGUGAUUGGUCAUCUCCCGUUUCCAGCUCUCCAAAGAGCGCGAAUGUCAGGCGUGUCGUGCUAGCGCUUCUCAUUCUUGUCUGCAUGUACUGUUUCAUCCAGGCGAGAGACUGCUCACUCGUUCUCCCGCACCCCGGCUUCUGGCGUGUGGUGCACGGCAUGUGCGUCGUUCACUUGAUUGUCAUGGUGGUGCUGCUGGUCGUUGACGAAGAGACGGGAAGACACGCGUUGGAGUUGCUGUUCCCCGAAAUCGCAGGAAAAAGAGAGGAAAUUUUUGCGGGGACACUAGUGGUAGACUGCCGAAUCAAUGCAAGCACGAUCCACCGACAGUUGACAAGUGUGUGGUUCGUCUCCCACGUUGUUGGCUGGCUUGUAAAGAUGGUCAUUCUCCGACACUGGGGGUUUUGUCUCAUCUACUCCCUUUGCUUUGAACUAGGCGAACUGUCGUUCCACUGGCUCGUCCCCGAACUCUGCGAAUGCUGGUGGGAUAGCAUCUUUAUCGAUGCGCUGCUCAGCAACGUUUGCGGCAUGUUUCUGGGGGUCCUCUUCAUGAAGCUUGUCAACCUGUGCCAGUACGACUGGCUAGGCCGCUACCCGCAGGAUCAGAACGUUUCCAUGAGUCUGACUCCGUUUGCAUCUGAAGCUUCCGACUGGAGCUUCUAUAAAACGCCCCGCCAUCUGUUCAUGUCUAUCGUGCUCCUUAUGAUCUGUCUCUUUUCGGAGCUGAACGUCUUCUUUCUUAUGGCAGCCCUUGACAUCCCUGCUGCGCACUACAGCAACCCUCUGCGUACCUUGUAUAUCGCUCUCCUAGGAGUUGCCGCAGCUGCAGAGCACUAUGAAUUCACCACGAAGCGCCGCGACAGAAUUGGCCGGAACAAGUGGUUACUCAUUAUCAUUCUCUUUGUCGAAUGGCUGGUGUGCGCAAAAUACGGAGCGCGCCGGUACGCUGCAGGGCUCCCUCCCCCCGACAUUUUUGUGCCGUGGAUUGUUAGCUCCAUCCUCUUUUCUCUGUGGUGUUACUGUUACUAUACCACAGCUGACCUCCGCACAGACAGUGGGGAAGGGAAGCUGCUGGCGAAGUCUCCCGGCGGGAAAGGAGCGGGUGACGAGAGCGCAAAUCUGGCAGCAGAGUCGAAAAUGACAAAGCGGUCAGCUAAGCAGUGUCCAGCGGCUUCCUGGCAGGAUCGGAUCAAGCUGCUCAUUCUAACAUUACCCCCUCAGGCAUGCUUUAUGCCGCUGCUGUAUCUCUCGAAAUUCUACUUUUUCGACUACGUGAAAAUCGAACGAAGUCAGUGA